UUGACCAAAACAUGAAUAUAGACUCUGCCUGCAAACGACAUGGGCAUAGAGCAGAAUGAAGUAAAGUGGAUGGCAAUCGGGAUUUGAGGAGUGACGACGUUGGCGGGAAAUCAAACCGGGUCAAGUGGUCGCCGCAGAACGCAGCACGUGAUGUGGUUGUCUGUUUGGGUGGCAGUCCAGCACUGGCACUGCCACUCUCGCAGUGCCAAUUGGCGAAUCUUAUUAGCGUGGCCCCCAAGACGACCGCCCAAAGAAACCGCAAAAAACAGUCGAGCGGAAUGCGAAAAAAAAAUAAAAAAAACAGGGGUACAAGUGCGGAAAAAGAAACGGAAACAGAAACAUUUACCAGAUCCCCGGGCAGUCGAAGCACUCGCUUAAUUGUGUUCAGUUCGUCCAUAGAGACGGUUACACGCUUGCCAUUUGAUUUGUUUGUUUGUUUCUUUGUUUGUUUUGCCUUGCCAUUUGAGCCACAAUGAGCGGUCCAUCGGGUUUGAUGUCCAACCUGGCCGAGGUGGUCAAGGAGGCCAAGGACGAGGAGAUACAGAUGCCAAAGUCGAACGACUUCUUCGAAUCGAAGACCUUCCGCCUGCUCACCCUGAUACUCUACAUGGGCGGUGUGAGUGGCAUGGGUCUGACCCUGGCGGUCUACUACCUGUUCAUCUGGGACUCGCGCAUGCCGCCGCUGCCCGUGUUCAAGCACACGCAUCCGAUUGGCUAGGAUCAUGGCCAGAAGCAGCCAAACAGCCAAACAGCCAAAUAGCCAACAGCCAACAGCCAGCACCCAGCAACCAACACCAUCCCAUCGACAUUAGUGACCAGAUUCGGAUAAAAUUGUGAUACCCGAAAAAAUAGCCAUUCGCCUCCUAAACUCAUCGGAAGUGACCGCGGAGCAGUUCUACAAGCACAUCCUCGAGCAGUACCGCAUCCUCAGC